UUGCGGCUUGUAACAACACCAACAGGGCAACUUGCACCGAAGCUUCGCCUGCGCGAGAAGAAGUCCUCCGGUGUGUUUGCGAAGCCUCACCAUGCCUAAGCUGAACUAGGCGUUUACGGCACUGCAACAUUGCUACAAGAAGCCUUUCACCGUGAAUAGGGCUGAUAGGAGCUGUUAGAGAGCUUUCGCGAAACACUUUAGCGAUUUUGCGGGCAAAUGGCGCACCAACGGACUAUUCGGAUUGCCGUGCUUGGCGAUCCUGAAACGGGCAAGACUUCCUUGAUCAGCACAGCUGCAAAUGACACGUUCGAUGCGCGCCCGGUGCCGACGCUGCCGCCCACGAAGCUGCCGCUUGACUUCACGCCCGAGAAGGUGCCCAUCCUGCUGACCGACACGUCGGCGAAGCCGGAGGACGCGCGCGCGCUGGACGCGGUGGUGCGCGAGAGCGACGCCGUGGUGGUGUGCUUUGACCCGAAGAAGCCGUCGACGCUGGAGAGCGUGCGCACCGUGUGGUAUCCGCGCGUCCAGGCGCUUAACACCGACAUCCCCAUCAUCCUGGCCUGCUGCAAGGCCGACCGCCUCAGCGACCGCGACAGCCCCAGCAUCCGGGAGCGUGUGGAGCGUGUGGCUCGCGACCUGCCCAACGUGGAGUGCUGCCUCAACUGCUCGUCCAAGUUCAACAAGAUGGUGCACGACGUGUUCUACUACGCGCUCAAGGCGGUGCUGUACCCGCUGCAGCCGCUGUACGACCGCACCGACCGCGUCAUGAGGCAGGCGGCGGUGCGCGCACUCAAGCGCGUGUUCAUCGUGUUCGACCAGGACAAGGACGGCACGCUGUCAGAUGCCGAGAUCAACGCCUUUCAGGCCACCUGCUUCGGCAUCUCGCUGUCUUCCGAGGAGCUUCGCGGCAUCAAGGCGGUGGUGCGGCAGCAGGUGCCGGGCGGCUACACCGACACCGGCCUCACGCUGGAGGGCUUCCUGUUCCUGCAGGGCCUGUUCAUUGAGCGCGGGCGGCUGGAGACGGUGUGGCAGGUGCUGCGCCGCUUCGGCUACAACGACCAGCUGCGGCUGAGUGACGAGCUGCUGGACCGGGUCAACGUGCACCUGCCGCCCGACCAGGUCCUGGAGCUGUCCGACACGGCCGUGGGCUUCCUGCAGCAGCAGUUCCUGCUGUACGACUCACGUGACGAGAACAUGCUGAGCUGGGAGCAGCUGCAGGGGCUGUUCAGCACAGCGCCCUGCCUGCCCACCGAGUGGCAGAACGAGCGCGUGAACCGGCUGAUGGUGGCGGGCAUGUUUGGCGCGGUGCACUCGCUGGAGGGCUUCAUCAGCCGCUGGAGGUACUGCGGCCUCACCGACCCGCGGGGCACGCUGGCCAACCUGCUGUACCUGGGCUUUGAGGGCGCGCCCACGGAGCUGCUGGUGCGCCGGGUGCGGCGGAGGCCGGACAAGAGGCACCGGGAGGAGAUGGCGGAGCGCAACACGGCUCUGUGCUAUGUGUUCGGCGCCGCUGGCAGCGGCAAGUCCACACUGCUGCGGGCGCUGGCGGGCCGCAGGGGGGACGGCGAGGGCGGCGCCGGUGGCUCGGGCGGCGCGGGGGGCUCGGCGGGCGCGGGCGGCGGCAAGGACGGCGGCGGCGGCGGCGCCUUCACGGCGCGCAAUAGCGGCACGCCGCCCCUGACGGCGGUGGGCAGCGUGCGGUGCGAGGACGGGCGGGACCGCUGCCUUGCCAUGGUGGAGGUGUCUGAGGACCUCACCAACGAGCUGCUCACAGCCGCCACCCUGUCCGGCCGCCACCAGCCCCUGGGCACCGCCGCCGCCGGCGCCCACCACAUCACACACACCACCGCCCCCUCCUCCACACCCCCGCUCGUGGCCGCCGCAGCCGCCGCGGCCUCCGCCUCCUCCUCCUCAGCCGCCUUGCCCGCGGCCGCUGGCGCGGGCGGCGCCGCCGCCGCGGACUGCAGCGCCUCUGCCUCCAGGCCGCCCACGCCCUCGCCCACGCCCUUCUCGCCCUCGGCCGUGGUCGCGCACUCGCAAGGCGCGGUGUACAGCCUGCCCGACCUGUCGCGCUGCGACGUGGCGGUGUUCGUGUUCGACUCCACGUCGGCCCAGUCGUUCGCCUGGGCGCAGAGGAGCAUGCUCACGCUGUGCAGCCUGCCGGGUUGCGAGUCGCUGCCGGUGGUGCUGGUGGGCACCAAGGACGAGCUGGGCAUGAACGAGGAGCUGAGAGGCCGCGUGGCGGCGGCGGCGGCGGACCUGGCGCUGCCCGAGCCGCUGCCGGUGGCGGCGGCGGACGCGGCCAGCCUGGCGGGGGUGUACAGGCAAGCCCUGACGGCGGCGUUCCUGGCGCCGGACGCGCACGUGCCCGACACGCCCGCCCGCAAGGCGCGGCGGCUCAUGCGGCAACGGCUGGUGCUGGCCGGCGUCACCGCGGCGGCGUUGGGGCUGGGCGGCUACUGCCUCUACUCCUUCCUCCACGCAGACGAGCACGGCAGUGGCAGCAGCGGCGGCAGCGGCACUAGCAGCACCUUCGCCAGCAGGCCUGGCGGCGGCAAGGCCGGCGGUGGCGGAGGAGGCUCGGGGCUGCGUGCGGGUGGCGGCGGCGGGGGCUCGGGCUCGGGUGGGGGUGAGGGCAAUGCGCUCAAGGGGCUGUUUGGCGUGUCGUCACUGGGGGACAAGGUGUCAGCGCUGUUCUCUUAGAGAGGGCGGAGGCGCUAGGCAGGAGGAGUGGGAGGAGCGGGAGGCGCCGGUGGAGCGGGAGGAGUGGGAGGAGUGGGAGGAGUGGGAGGGGCAGGUGCAACAGGAGGAGCGGGAGGCGCGCACGUGUGGUGCACGAGGCUGCUGGGGGCCGUGUGUUAGAGGACAGCGCAGGGGCGACGAGACGCGUGUGAUGGUAAAACACAAGGGGAAGAGGCCGACAUUAUGCGGGUGCGUAUGUGUAUCUCGGCACGUGUCGGCAUGCUGUAUUUCAUGCGUUGGCGUGUCGCCGUUGCCGCGUUUGCAGCUCGCGCCGCUUUCAAAGUGGGCGUGUUUGUUCAUGUUGGUCGUCCAGCCCGCCUUGGCAGUCGGUGGGGACUCAUCUUGUGACAUUCGCGAAACGCAAUCGCCGGGAGGUCAAAGGCGGCAUCGGCGCACCGGGAAACGCGCACCUCUAGUGCGGCUGUUUUUAGCCGGAUGUGCCUGCCUUGCGGGUGCGCGGUGGCCUGGUGGGUGGAGGGGUUUAGCUUGCCUGUCUUGCGGGGUGGUGCUGGCGUGCGCGGUGGAGCAGCAUGAGUGCAUGGCAAUGUAACAGGGCCACGCUGGGGCAUGUGCCGCUGCCCGCUGGGCUCCGACUGCCGGGGCUGAGGAAGUGCGGACGCACACAGCCAGCCAGCCAGCAAGCAGGCUGCGAGAGCAAUCAGUGGCGAAUGGCGGAGUGUCGGCCUGACGUGUCGCACUGGCUGAGAGGCUGUAAGCGGCUGCGACC